CAUCUGGGGCCCUCGGUCUGAGGCGUGCCGUGUGACGUUACUUUUUAGGAAUUGCAGCCAUGCUGAAAUGCGUGAUGAGCGGCAGUCAGGUGAAAGUAUUUGGGAAAGCAAUCCAAGCUCUCUCACGAAUUAGUGAUGAGCUGUGGCUAGACCCCUCUGAAAAAGGUCUUGCUUUAAGAUCUGUGAAUUCUUGUCGGUCAGCAUAUGGAUGUGUCCUCUUCUCUCCUGUGUUUUUUCAACAUUAUCAAUGGUCAACCUCAGUGAAAAUGAAUGAUACUGACAUAAUAUUGAAUUUAAAUUGCAGAUUGGGAAUGAAGUCAAUUCUGCCCAUCUUUAGAUGUCUGAAUUCCCUAGAGAAAAAUGUGGAGAAGUGCAAAAUAUUUACCAGAUCUGACAAGUGCAAAGUAGUUAUUCAGUUCUUCUGCAGACAUGGUAUUAAGAAGAUUCAUAAUGUGUGUUUUCAAGAAAGUCAGCCUUUGCAAGUUAUUUUUCAAAAGAAUAUGUGUGCUAAUACACUAGUGAUUCAACCAAGGUUGCUUGCUGAGGCAAUUGUUCUUUUUACAUCGAGUCAAGAGGAAGUUACUCUUGCUGUUACUCCACUGAAGGUUUGCAUUAAGAGUUCUAAUGAGGAAUCAAUGGACCUGACUGAUUCUGUAUACAGUGAGAUGUUUGUUGGUCCAGAUGAGUUUGACUUCUUUCAAGUUGGAAUUGACACUGAAAUAACAUUUUGCUUCAAAGAACUGAAGGGAGUGCUGAUAUUUUCAGAAGCUAUACGUGCUCCUAUAGCCAUUCAUUUUGACUUUCCUGGGAAACCAAUGGCUUUAAGUAUUGAUGAUAUGUUAUUGGAAGCCAACUUUAUUUUGGCUACAUUAGCUGAUGAGCCAAGUAGAGCAUCUUCUCUACAAACACUGUGUCUUUCACAAAAACAAAAAAGGUCAGAGCCGAUACAUUCAAAUUCAAAGGCUGGUAAAAAUGUAACCAGCAAGGUCCCAGAGUAUAUCUCAAGAAAAGUAGAACCCAAAAGGCUAUAUUCUAAUGAGACUCCCACGAACAGUUCUACAUUGGAAAAUUGUGGCAGCCCUUUGAUGAAAAGAGCAAACAAAGACAUUACUGAAGUACCCGAAAGCGAUGGAGAUAUUAGUGAAGUACCAGAAAGCAAUGUCAGCGACACGGAAGAUGUGCCAGGGUCUCCAUGUCUCAGGAAGUUCUCUUGCAUGUUCUUUGGAGCAGCUUCUUCUGACCAACAAGAACCCUGCAACCUCCCUUUCCAGAGUCUGGCAACAGCAAGUGACAGUGAAGAGGACGUGAAUAAUGGCAGUUUCUCCACAUUCUAA